CAGUCGACAUUCGCGACUCACGCGGUCACGAAUUUGCUUCCCCUCUUUUCGAUCUCACUCUCUCCAUGCCGGUUCAAACCAAACUCAAAUCGUCAUCGUCAUAUCUUUCACCAAUCGCAAAUCGACAACCCACAAUUGAUCAUCAAACAUGUGCUACAGUCCCAACGAGAACUGGCAACAUUUCACCCGGUUUCUCACUUUAGUAAUGUUCGUCUCUGAAAAACUCGCCGGUUUCAGUGUCACCGGUGGGAAGAAAGCGAUCUCUUGUUUUUCUUACAAUUAGUUUCUGGUCACUUGAGAAAACGACUGAUUGGUUCCAAAGGUCGCUCGAUAAACGAAGAUAGAGCGAAUGUGGUGUACUGCGCGUGUGUGUGCUUUGGAGGGAAAGGAAAGGUCGUGGAUACCAGAUAUCAAAGUGAAGUGAGGUAUCUUAAGAUUUUUUGCGAGUCAACUAACCAAGGUCAUGAAACCCAGUGAAAAAGAUGAAAUUGCCUGAAGGCUCAUGUUUCAUACAGGAGAUUAAAUCCAUUUAGAGACUUUCUUUGAGAGCUCUGAGGUGUUACAAUCUUUUAUCCUAGGCUGUUCAGUAAACUUAUUUAAUAAAUUUUGCAAAAGCAUGCAACCGGUUCACCAAUAUGCGUUCGCGGUGGGGAGGAAAGACGAUAUGUUUCUCGCGGAGCUUCGAAGGCCCAAGUGCCAAAAAUAGAUCGACUUUAUCGCAGACAAACUCUAGCCCAUUAACAGUGCAGAAUCGUGGCAAUUUCCAACACGUGAUUCGAUCCCAAUCGUAUUCGACUUGAUCAUAUUUUAGAUGACUCUUGUGAGGUGAAGUGGAGGGGACAGAAUUGAGAUAAGAAAAAAAGGCCAAGAUUCGCGAUUCUGCUUAGACGAGGCUGGGUUGAGUGUGUGUGUGUUUUUGGUUUCUUUGUUAUACGUGCCUCUGUGUUACUUUAUGGACCUUGAAAGAUGGGCGUUCUCUUAAUGGCGGAAGGCAUCCACCCUCGCGUGGAAUUAAACCCAGUGAAGUUGAUCCCCGGGAACGCCAAUAGAAGUAGUGAGAGUAACAGUAACGAGGAGGUGGUAAACGGCCCGUCCCCGCCAGUCUCGACGCGGGUCACCGAGAUGAUUGACGUCGUCGAGAGCAAUGACGAACCGGCACGCUGGAUGCCGCCACCGCCGAAGAAAAAGUGGAUCCGGCACUACCUGCUUGAAGAAGAACCACAUGAGAAUAGCAGAAUCAAUGGCAACCAUUCGUCCGGAUUGCGCGGCAGUCCCGUGAUCUCAAAUUCUCGCGGGACUCCGCCCUCGGCUAACUCCGGCCACCUAACUGCCUUGCACUCCACACAUCAUCAACAGCAUCACCAUCACAAUAAUCAUGACAACAUGCCUAAUCAUUUGGAUAAUCACAAUUCCAAUCACACGCAAUCUAAUAUUGUUUACGUCGACGUCGAGUCAGGACACGACAAUAAGAAACCCCGGAAUGGACCAUGCGUGAUUCGUUCUGGUACGAGAGAAGUGCACAACAAACUGGAAAAGAAUAGGCGAGCGCAUCUCAAAGAAUGUUUUGAGAUGCUGAAAAAACAGCUACCUACACAGGACGAAAAGAAGUCGUCGAAUCUUUCCAUUCUGCAUGCUGCGAUCAGACAUAUUCAGGGUUUAAGAAGGAAGGAACGAGAUUACGACCAUGAGAUGGAAAGGUUGGCUAGAGAAAAAAUAGCGGCUCAACAAAGGCUAGACGCUUUGAGGAAAGAACUCGCAUCUACGUGGGAUCAUAUUGAUUUCAGCACCCUAUUACCAGAAGAAAACUGUGCAAUGGAUACUACUAUAUCAAAAAAUGUUCCAGAAGGUAUGGACGUGGACGUGACUGGUCUCGCUCGGGGCGGAACCAGGUACAGCAGUACCAGCAGCUUGAGCAGUGCAGCAACUGCUAGCUCUCCCCAGACACUGCAGACGACGAGCUCAACUUCAAACAUUCAUAAUCAAGUAGCCACUGCAGCGGUCGUAUGUCAAACACAAGGUCUAAACCUUGCCCAAGGUUCCAGAGAAAGUCCGCCUGCUAGCUCUAGCCCGGGAGCAUCCACGCCUAGUAUCCCCACUCCAGCCCAGGAGAAAUUGUCAACUUCACCUACAUUAGUACAACAACAGCAGCAGCAACAGCAUCCACAACAGCAGCAACAUCAACAACAGCAACCUCAGCAUCAAUAUCAACAGCAGCAGCAAUCCAUGCAACAGUAUCAACAACAACAGGGACCUCAACAACAAGGGCCUCAACAACAGCAACAGCAUCAGCAAUUGCAUUUGCCUAUCAGUGCGCAGAUGUUAAGCACCAGCCAAGGGCUGGCAACUAUUGUACCUACACUUCAGCACCUAGGCUCUGGGCUUAGGGUAAUCCCAGGAGAUAGGCAACUUCUGGUCACUCACACGACAGGCAAUAAUGAGUCGCGGCCGCUAAUCGCUAUGCAGUCCAACACUGGAAGCGAGCCAAGGCCCGUGGCUUUGGUCGUUCACUCGUCCACAGCAAGCGACAACAGAGUGACAUUCGUGCAUUCUAAUCUGUCAAACAACGACAGGCCGUUGGCCCUUGCCGUUCAAUCCUCCUCUAGUGAUGUAAGGCCCGUGACGUUCGUGCAUUCGGGUAACGAAAGCAGACCCUUGGUUCUUGCUACGCACUCUCCAGCACUCAGUGUGUCCACUGCUCAGACAAGGAUAAGGACAGGCGAUGCUCAAACCACGCAUAAGAUGGUUGGGGGUGUGACGCUCGUGGGUGGAAGCGGAUCCGAGUUGACGAGAUUGCCUGGAGGAGCAGAACUGAAUAUUCUUCCAGCAAAUGGUGUGUUCCGUUCCCUCAAGGCCCAUCACCCCCUCGCUAUUCAAGGAGGACUGACCCUGAGCCACGCGGGAGUCUCUCUUCAAUCUGCCCCGGCGAAAGGGAAUUCGACAGUGGUGCAAAACGCUCCGUCCACAGAAGGUAUAGCUCACAUCGUAGGCCAGCACACGCCUCUCUCAGUCUCAGGUCUAACACCAAUUGUAACGCCGAUGACCGUCGUCUCCCAGGGGAACCAGCAAGUCACCGCUCAUAUUCUGGCACCCUCGAGCCUCGCGGGGAAGAUGAUAACGACGACGCCCAUCCUUAAGCCUUUCGUCAAAGCUCAGUAUCUCAAUACCGCGACCCUCGUAAAUUCGCCCCUUGUAGUUGUAAGCUCACCCUCAAACUCCUCUCCGCCGUCGACAGCAACUUCCUGUACUCAGCCUUCCUCGACGACGCACUCAAGCGUCUGACGAAAUCCAGGGAAACCGAAUCCCGUCUGAAAUGAAGCCAAAUCGCUUGAGAAGAUCGGGUGCAGAUCCAUUCGAAGAGAGCGUCAUCUCUUCUCUGCAAUUUUCGCGAUCAACACGAUUCUCGUCAUUACUCAUUUAUUAUCAAAGAUUAUCUUUGGUGCGCGUACAUUUUUCGAGGAUCGGCUGUCAUCCAAAGUACACAUUUGGUUUACUUUUCGAACUUGAUUAUUUAUUUAUAAUUGAAACUGUCAGUCUGAAAUAUUUUAGUGAUAAUUUAGUAGGAACAUUCAGGAAAAGUUUGUAUAUUUGGAUACCAAGUGGGGUAGGGGAAAAUACGAUAGUGCAUUGCGAGUGAUCGCAAUUUUCGGGAAUAAUUACUGUCUUAUUCCUGUGACUUACGUACAACUGAUGAAAGAGGUAUCUGAAAUAAAAUUCAUAAAGGCACUCAUUUCUGAUUUCUUUAUCAAUAUGUAUUUUGCAAUACGAAAUACGUGAUAGAUGUUACAAACCUAAUCAGAAAGAGAGUUUUACAGUCAAGCUGGCUACAUUUGGUGGCAGUGCCUCUCUUGGCAAUAAUGUAUAAAAUUAAUUUAACUCGGUAAAUUGUCGCCACUCUCAAAACUGUCAUCAUAUGUAGCCGAUUUUACAGCAGGCGUAAUACAGUAAUUAUUCCGAAAAAUUUCUACAAAAGCAUCAAAAUUUUUCAUACAUUCCGUCUGUUAUGCAUUGUGGGACUAAAAUAUUUCAGAUGCACGUUUCGAAGGUCGUCUGACUAUUCAUGCACUUUAAAUUUGUACGCGUAUCCGGGGAUGCAUAGAAAGAUUGAUGAUGUUUGCUCGAAAACGUAAGAAUCAGACACAACCCGAGCUGAAGACUAGAUACAACGAGAAAUUAGAGCCUAGAGUUUGCUAAUAAUACUGGAUUGCUCCAAAAAUGGCAAAUUGCAAAACUCAGACUUAAUUCUUUGAAUUAACAAAAGUAGAUUUAAAAAAUUGUGGAUUAAACUUUUUAGAUAACCUUUUUUUUUGGACCAUAUAAAUCAAUCCCUUUUCAAACUCUAACAAUAACACGUUUUAGUGUUAACAAUUCAAAAGCAUCGAAUUAUUUUUAUCAAUAGCUCUUUGAGAGAUAUAGAACUCAUUAGACUUUUUCAAACUAUUUCAGUUGAUCAAAACAAGGAAUUUCUUUUUCAUUGAUCACAGAUUUGCUUUUAGAUUUCCAAAUUUACAAGUUCCAAGUUCACGAGGAUGAAAAAAAAUAUUUCGUCACUAGAAACUCUGAGGAAGAAACAAAUUUUGAUUUUUUAUGUAGGCCUUUUUUCUUAUUUGAUAAAUUCGAUGUGAACUUUUUUUUUGAACUGAUUUUAAACUUUUGUGCAUUUCAUUCGAACGAUUUUUUUAAACUAAUAACCCAGCAAUAAUUUGAUUCUAUUUUUCGUUUAUUUUCCAGAGAUCUCAGUCUUAAGGAAAAUAUUGUUUGAAUAAGCUCAUGAUGAAGCUCCCGAAAAUCUAGUCUCCAGGUCACAAGACAUGAAAGCGAGCCUGUGUUUUUUUUUGUCCCAACACAAUUCUUACGUAAUCUUCCAAAAAUCGAUUAUCUUGUCACCUUUGAUCGAGAUUUUUUUUUUAAUUUCGUGUGAAAAAUGCAAGAAAUAUUUGCCGAUUGGAGAUUUUCUAGGUAUUUGAAGAUUCUCUUUUGAAACGUUCGAUCUACCGAUUGCGACAAAAAUGGAGAGAGAAUAAUAGUCGAUUUAUGUGAUUUUUUUAGUGUAUUACGAAAGCGAUGAUUGGAGGUACGAGGCACGUUGAAUUCCCAAACUUUCAGAACGGUUGCACUUGCUUGUAUACACGGCUUUUGACUUAAGUCUAUUUUAAAAAUGUUCCACUUCCUCUUCUCUUUCAGUUUUUUCUUUUCUUUUUUUUUAUAUCGUUUUACUUGUUCUGAUCGCGAACAUUUGAAACUAGCAUAUCAUUGUUGCGAAAAGUGGAUUAAAUGUGUAGAUUUAAAGAAAUAUGUCAACUCUAUGAGUGGCGAUAGUCUCUAAAAAUUGUAUGUUUGCCACCUUGUAUGUUGUAUUCGAAUUUCAAUCUAAAAGUCUGCGAGUGACGCCAGAAAAUGUAGUAGAAAUGUUCAUGUUCUCAUUGGCUUAAUUUUCGCGAGAAGUACAAAAAAAGAGGAGCAUUGUGGGAAGAGGAGUUUUCUUCAAUGUCGGAAACCUCUAUAAAAAUGAAUUUAAAGCUACUGAGAGUCUAAACAUUUUGAAAUUCGUAUUGUUCAUAUUUCAUUUCAAUCUCUUUUUGCAUGUUUCAGCGCUCAAACUAUCGUUACAUAUAAUGUGACAAUUUGUAAAUUUGUAUACAUGAAGUGAUUUAUUUAAAGAUAUAAUAGAUAUAAUUUAAUAAAAAAAAUAAAUUUAAUAAACGGUUACCAAAAGUAUCUUGAAAUUCAACUCCCAAGAAAAAACAUUAAUUUUGAACCAGUUUUUUUUUUGUAAGGAUCGGAAAUUCGUUGCCAUCACAAUAUAAUGAAUUCUCUAGGGAGACUUUGGUUAAAAACCAAAACAUAAAGGAUACAACUUUAUUGUGUGGAAUAAGGAACCUUUGAAAUAUUUUUGCUAGAUUGCAGGAUCUACAUUAUUCUGUGCAUGCAGCAUCGAUUUCGUAAUUUUUAUGUUAGUACGUAUUGCAAGUAUGCAUCUCUAUCUCUCAUUUCUGUUGAUUCAGUUUUUUGUACUAAAAUAUAAAGGUGUAUUUUAUUUCUAUGAUCGGUGACUGUUCUGAAGAACCAAGGCCACACGUAUUGUCGGGUUAUCAUCAUCAUCAUCAUCAUCAUCAUCAUCUGAUGUGCAGAAUAAAUUAUUGGCGGAAGUUGUGAAUGAUUUUUUCGAUCUCGUAAAGAUGCGUCAUAAAGUCCAAGUUAAAUUACGUUUUUUUUUAUUUUAUUUUUUUUGUAUUUAUUUAUUUUUUUCUAAGUCAGGUGAACGUAACGCAACUAACUGCGUACUUUUAUCUUCAUUUUACGUGACCGAUUUACCGGCGACACUUGAGACGAAACUCUUUGAGUUCGAUACAAAAAUGUAUCGAUUGGAUUAGAGUGAUUAGACGAUAAGUAGUGGAUAGGCUGGAUCGGUUGUAUGCAUUCGAUCAACCAAUUCUUAAAAAAAUCCGAACUUUCGAAAUCCUUCUACUCGCACAUUUCGUUUUGCAUAAUACAUAAAAUGUAAAAAUUAUGAAAUUCGACAAAGACGUUAAAAAGGCAUCUCUGAAUAUUGUUCUUAAGUUUAUGGCUGUGAUUGUAAUUUUGAGCGAAUUCAAAAUUUUUUAGACUGAGUUUAUGCUGGAAAUUGUUUAGACGGAAAAAAUGGGAAUUUUUUCUAGGCGAGAGUUUGGAAUUGAUUUUUUAAGAAUUGUUUGAACACAAUCGUAAUUGCUCUUGAUGAGCUGGAAAAAUCUUAAAACAUAAAAUUACACACAUUGUAAAUACGCGCGCAGAAAAGGGCAGAAAUGGAUUGGGGCGGGGUAAAAAAUAAAGAGAACGCACGGGGGAGUGUAUGUGAUAUAAGUAAUUAAAAAUUAAUUAACAUCAUAGUGACGUAGUGACAUCUACUAACAUCGUCAAGAACUGCAAACCUAAAAUUGUAUAUAGUAUAUGAGAAAAUAUAAUUAUAUUAAAUAUGAAAGAAAAACAAAAUAAUAACGAUAAAAACGGCGAGGAACUUUUUACCGCGCUUGUUCAGAGUCGUACAAAUCGUGCGCAGAGUUUGUAGAAUGGAUCGAAUGUUUCCGAAUAAAUGUUAUUGAGCGUCUAAA